AUAAGAAAAUACCCCAACCCACUCUCGCUUCUCCCGUAGCUUCCUCUUCAAUCCUCGCUCCCCCCUCUUCAACUCCCCUCUCCCCUCUUCGAUCUCCUCCGAAGCGAAACCCUACCUCCUCGUCGAUACCAAUCGUGAUCUCUCUUUCCCCCUCUCGUGUAUAGUGUGGAGUGUGAAGUUUUACUAUCAUUCAGCAGUCGAAUCUUCCGAGGCAUUAUGCAUGUCAGCCCCUGUGGCCCUAGAUGAAUCAGAAGCCGUAUCCAAUACUGAAAGAGCUGGACUAUCUCGUCACGCGAGUUGCAACAUCGAAAAGCAGCUCUCGAUUGGUUUGCCCAAUGGUCAGGAUCCACACGCUUCUAAUACACAAGUGGGCUUUAGAGUUGGCGAACUCAUACUCUCCAAUGGGGACCGCUAUUCUGGAACAAUGUUGGGAAACACACCGGAGGGUUCGGGAACAUAUAUCUGGUCAGACGGCUGUGUUUAUGACGGCGAAUGGAGGAGAGGGAUGAGGCAUGGGCAUGGAAAGAUGAUGUUGCCUUCAGGAGCCGUAUAUGAGGGAGAAUAUUCUGGCGAUUACAUCCAUGGCGAUGGCACAUACAUUGGGCCGGAUAACUUGACCUACAAGGGACGAUGGAAGUUAAAUCUUCAACAUGGCCUGGGCUAUGAAACGCAUCCAAAUGGAGAUGUCUUUGAAGGCUCUUGGAUUCAGGGGAACAUAGAAGGGCCUGGUAAGUACACAUGGGCUAAUGGGAAUGUUUAUAUUGGCAACAUGAAGGGAGGGAAGAUGUCGGGGAAGGGAACUCUUACUUGGAAGAAUGGGGAUUCCUAUGAAGGCAAUUGGCUUGAUGGUUUGAUGCAUGGGUUUGGAGUUUAUAUGUGGAAUGAUGGCGGGUACUAUGUCGGGACGUGGACAAGGGGGUUGAAAGAUGGGAAAGGGGCAUUUUAUCCGAUAGGGUGCAAAAUUCCUGCUAGUGAAGAGCUUUAUAUCAAUGCUUUGAGAAAGCGAGGGGUGUUGCCUGAUUUAAGAAGGCAAAACUAUGGGUCGAGAAUACUUCACUCUUCUUCGGUUGAUAUGGGAAACAUGAAAGUAAUUGAUACUCAGGAACAUCGUGGGACGCCAUCUGGUGUUCUUACUCAAGGGAAUUUGAUAAAUGUUGAGAGAACUCGCAAUAGAAAUGUGUCGUUGGAAAGACGUUGGAGUCUUGAGGUUGCUAUUGAAAGGGUUAUUGGACAUGAUACAGCCGAGACUUCUGUUCUAGAAUGUAAUGAGAAGGAGGUUGAUUCUAAUGCUCCGAUCCUGGAAAGGGAAUACAUGCAAGGUGUACUGAUUAGUGAGGUAGUAGUCAACAAUAGCUUUUCAAUGUCAUCUAAAAAGGCAAAAAGACGGCAAAAAAAGGUGAAGGACGUAAAACAGCCUGGCGAAACAAUAAUUAAAGGUCACAGAAGCUACGAUCUAAUGCUCAGCCUGCAGCUUGGAAUCAGGUAUACAGUCGGAAAAAUUACACCUAUUCAACGCCGUGAAGUUCGUGCUUCAGAUUUCGGACCUCGUGCAAGCUUUUGGAUGACUUUUCCUAAAGCGGGUUCACAGCUUACACCUCCUCAUCGCGCUGAAGAUUUUAAAUGGAAAGACUACUGCCCCAUGGUCUUUAGAAAUUUAAGGGAGAUGUUCAAGAUUGAUGCUGCAGAUUACAUGAUAUCUAUAUGUGGAAAUGCAGCACUUAGAGAACUUUCCUCUCCUGGGAAGAGUGGCAGUGUCUUUUUCCUCUCUCAAGAUGAUCGGUUCAUGAUUAAAACCCUUCGCAAAUCUGAAGUACAGGUUCUACUGCGGAUGCUUCCAAACUAUUACCAUCAUGUCCGUACAUAUGAGAACACACUCAUUACUAAAUUUUUUGGUCUCCACAGGGUGAAACCUUCUAGCGGUCAAAAGUUUCGGUUCGUUGUAAUGGGGAACAUGUUUUGCACAGAACUAAGAAUUCAUCGAAGGUUUGACUUGAAAGGUUCGUCCCUGGGCCGUUCAACGGAAAAUAUUGAAAUUGAUGAAAAUACUACUCUUAAAGACUUGGAUCUGAACUAUUGCUUUUAUCUGGAGCCUUCUUGGCGUGAGGCUUUGCUUAGGCAGAUUGAGAUCGACAGCAAGUUUCUGGAAACGCAGCGUAUAAUGGAUUAUAGUCUAUUGUUAGGUGUGCACUAUCGAGCACCCCAGCACUUGCGCUCACAUGUAUCUUUUCGCCGCCGUGGUGUUAUAAAAGAUGUGCUGACUGUUCUUUCAGAGGAAGAUGCCCAGGAGGAUGAGGCUUUGUACUACCCAGAGGGGCUCGUUUUGGUUCAACGUGGAAACGAUGAAAACAGCGUUGUUGUUGGUCCUCACAUAAGAGGCAGCCGUUUGCGAGCAUCAGCUGCUGGGUUUGAGGAAGUGGAUCUUCUGCUCCCUGGUACGGCAAGACUCCAAAUCCAGCUGGGAGUCAACAUGCCUGCAAGGGCAGAGCACAUUCCGACGAAAGAUGAAGAAAACAACCAAUUGUUCCACGAGGUGUACGAUGUGGUUCUCUACCUGGGGAUCAUCGAUAUCCUGCAGGAGUACAACAUGACUAAGAAAAUCGAGCGUGCUUACAAAUCCCUUCAGUUUGACUCGGUAUCGAUCUCAGCCGUAGAUCCCGAGUUCUACUCGAGGCGCUUCUUGAGUUUCAUUCAGACGGUCUUCCCCGAAAAUCGGUAGACGGUGUUGAAAUUCACUUUGCUGUUUGUUUCAUCUUAAAGUUUCAGUGAUCAAGCUAUUCCGAAUACCAUCGUGCAUGCAAUACCACCUUAUGGCUGCUGUAAAUUUUGCCCAAGCAAAUCAAUCAGUUCUUAAAAAACACUCACUGGUGCACCAAAUGCUUUUGGAUUUCUUUAAAAAGCUGGAACGUUUUUUUUUUGACCCAGCUUUUACAGAAACUCCAAAUAAGGCACCAAUUGCAAUUCUUCGAUCCUGCUUUUCCGUUUUCCUUAAGCUGGCUGAUCGGACAAUAUCCAUGCGCAUCUUUUUGCCUUUUGAUUUCUUUUAUUUUUGUAUGUCAUCCUUGUUAAUCUUUUUCAUAAAUGUUUUCGUCAAACGGUUCUCAACGAA